GUUGUUUUGAAAAGUUAUUUUUGUUUUUGCAAACACAUUUACAGCAGAGUAAUUACAGAGUAAAUACAGAAGUGUACCUAAUUAAUUAUAAGAUGUUUGAAAGUGGAACAAGUUUUGGUGAUGAUGAUUUAGAACUGGAGACAUCAUUUACACCAAUUUUUAGUAGUACACAAAAUAAAUUAAAUGAAAAACGAAAAAAUGAAAUCCUAGCAGAAGAAAAUUCUAAGAAAAUUAAAACACACCACAAUUCAUCAGCUUUAUUUAUUAAAAAUCCAAUACUGGAAAAGGUAACCAAAGAAAAUUCAUUUUCACCUAAUAAAGUUGUAAAAAGAAUGUUUCCUGGUCCAGCUGGACUUUUGCCUGAUGAUAUAGGGAAGAAAACCAUGAUAACUUCUCAUAGUUCAAAUGAUGAUUCUGAGGAGUUUUUCUUCUGUUCUCAAAGAUCAGUAUCCACUUUUACAGAGGGUCCAUGGAAACUAAUGACAGAAGAUUUCUCUAGUAGCAAUGAUGAGCAGCUUUAUAAUAAGUUUACUAUUAGUUGGAUAAAAAAAAAGUAUUGCCAGAAACGAGUUUUAGACAAUUAUAAAGCCCCAUUUUUAGCUGCUAUUAUUCAAAAUUUAGAAAUUGUUGAUGGUAAAAUUCCAUCAGUACACAUAACUUUAAAGGAUACUACAGAUCCAAAUAAGAAAGAUGCUGAUAAUACAGAAAUAAAAGAGCCUUUUGAAAAAGUCGUAUUGCAACAUUAUAAUAUUGAAAAUAUUUGGAAAGAAGCAAAUUCAAAUACCGCCAAAGUAUCAAAAAAUAAUAAAAACCUUUUAAAAAAUAUAAAUAACACACCUUAUGGUAAGAAUAAAAGUAUUAGCAAUUUUAACAAUACUUCGAGAGGUAUAAAUAUUUCUCCUCAAAACAAUGCCCCACUAUCAAAUCCAAGGCUUAAUAAUCAGCAGUCCAGCUGUAGCAACUUUUUGUUGCCAAAGAUAAAUCAUAUAUCUGCAUACAACCAAAAUGUGAAUAACUUACCAGAAAAUUUCAAUUUAGAGAAAGGCAUAGUUCAACACGAAUCUAAGAAAAAGUUUGAUUUUAAAAAAGUUGCCAUUGAUAUAAGCACACCUAAACCGAUUGAUGCCGAAAAUGUAGUGAUAAGUUGUAGUGAGAUGUCCGUUACAGCCGAUAAAAAGGAUAGUGAAAUAUGGAAAUCCGUAUUGGAAGAUGUUGAUUCUGAGUCACUGUUUGGUGAUUUUUAA